UGGUAGAAAGGGGGAUAGGCGGGACUCGGUCAUAGCGUUAGGGUUGUAUGCAAACGCAGCUAGAGGAAAAGCGACCAAGCGAGGGGAUCAGUUUAGAUGUACAAUUCAUCGGUCUGAAGUGCCACUGUCAGUGUAUCUGCAUUGGAGGGGAGUGAUCCUCCCACCUGGUGCUACCUCCUGCAUGCUGUUCCUCUCCUGAUUCCCUAGUAGAGUUAUUGUCAUCUUAGUCUGGCGGCCUGGCUGCUCACCUAUAUGUAUAUCAAUGAAGACCCCAUUUGGGAAGACGCCAGGCCAGCGCCCUCGAGCUAAUGGCGGGAACACUGGGAUAUCUGCAAAUAUGAUGAAGAAGAAAAAUUCCCAUAAGAAGCAGAAGAAUAAUGUUGGUCCAAGCAAGACGAUUGCCCAACCCCGGCGAAAUAUAGUGGGUUGCAGGAUAACCCACCAAUGGAAGGAAGGUACCAAGGUUUCUCAGUGGAAAGGAACCGUUCUAGACCAAGUUCCAGUCAACCCUUCUCUCUACCUGAUCAAGUAUGAUGGAUUUGACUGCAUCUAUGGACUUGAGCUUCACAAAGAUCAGAGAGUGCAAGGCCUGGAGGUUCUACCAGACAGAGUUGCUCCGGCUCGUGUCAGCGAUUCCCAGCUAGCCGAAACAAUGAUUGGCAAAGCAGUGGAGCACAUGUUUGAGCAGGAUGAAGGACCAAAGGAGGAGUGGAGGGGCAUGGUGCUUGCAAGGGCUCCCGUUAUGAACACAUGGUUCUACAUCACAUACGAGAAAGACCCUGUUUUGUACAUGUACCAGCUGUUGGAUGACUACAAAGAGGGGGACCUCCGGAUAAUGCCUGAUUCAAAUGACUCGCCCCCUGCAGAGAGAGAGCCUGGAGAAGUGGUGGAUAGCCUUGUUGGCAAACAAGUGGAAUAUGCCAAAGAGGAUGGCGGUAAAAGGACUGGCAUGGUUAUUCAUCAGGUUGAGGCCAAACCCUCUGUGUAUUUCAUCAAGUUUGAUGACGACUUUCACAUCUACGUCUACGAUCUAGUAAAAACAUCCUAGGCAUUGCGAAAAUUGUCGAUUUCACAGACGUUGGCAAAUGUUGUGACGAUUUCCAUUCAAAAUGGACAAUUCCUAUAUAGGCUGCAAAGGUGGAACUUGUCAUUUCCUGUGUCCUGGCUUUCAGUGCGAACGCUUUCAGUCCACUUUGUUUCCAAACGAAAGGAGACCUCGACAGAAUUCAGCAUGUCUGAUCAUUUACACUCCAUUCAGUUGGGCCGGGCGUCAGAAGCAAAACAUUUUGCUAACCAGAAAAGGUUAGAUUUUGUGUGUUUUUACUUUGAUGCUGUAAAUGUGUUCUUGUGAGGUUCUCGUAACAUGUUUCUUUUGUUGCCUUUGUUAACCCGGGGCUAUAACAUCCUCAGAAUUGAGCAUGCAUCAGUUCAGCAGCUGUAAGUCCGUAGUAAUCAGUUUAAAAAGGCAGAUAUUACAAGAACUGCAGUAGUUCCAUUUUAUUUGUUGCCUUCUGGGUUUGUGUGAACUGCUGUAGUAAAAUGUUCUCUCACAUUAGCCUAGUUUGAGACCAAAAGUAUUCAAGCACUUCUUCCUUUCAGCAUUUAAUCAGUGUUUUAUGUCGGCCACAAUUACAUAUCCUCUUGAAUCGAACCUCUAGACCUCUACUACUCUGUGAAAUCAAAAUUGUAUUCAAGUAAUUUUACACACAAAAAAUUGGCUGAUUGGUUGCGUAAAGCGCCAUUAUAUUUCAUUAUAAUGUUUUUAAGAUUGACUUAAUCUAAAACUCAUCACUAGCAUUUUAGAUUUGAGAUUAACUGCUGUAUAUCAGUUGACAGUACAGAAUGGGAAUGUGUUUUAGAUUAUGUGAAAGGUAAACCAUGUAUUGUCAUUUUAGAGUCAUCCUGAUUGUUAUAAGUAUAGAAUGUUCUGAACACAUUGUUAAUGUGCAUGCUAUAAAGAUUAUGAAUAAUAAUGAGCUAGAAAGUUACAAAGGCAUACUUAUUAAACCCUUAACCUUU